AUGUAUGCUGCUAGCCUGUUAUCAAGGUUUAUGAAUAGUCCUACAAAAAGGCAUAUAGGAGUUGCAAGAAGGGUUCUGAGAUAUGUGCAAGGAACUCUUAGCUAUGGGAUUGAAUACGUGAGAAAUCAGUCAGCAACCCUUGUUGGAUUCUGUGAUGCAGACUGGGCAGACAGUGAGGAUGAUAGCAGGAGCACUUCUGGCUAUGCAUUUAGUUUUGGAAGCUAA